CGGUAACUGUAUUGCUUCCGCGUUUUGAACAGGCGUGUGAACACGGAAUGUGACGCUUGUUUGUAAUUGUACUCUUUAUAACACAUUGGAAUAUAUAUAUGUGUGUGUGUGUUGAGUGACAUGAGUUUGUUUCUGCCUAAGCUGUCCUGUAAAAAGGAAGUCGAUGAGGUGAUAAAGAGUGUUGCAGAGAAAGUUUUGGUUCUGAGAUUCGGGAGAGAUGAAGAUUCCGUCUGUAUGGAGCUGGAUGAGAUUCUUUCAAAGACAUCCCACGACCUGAGUAAAAUGGCUGGUAUCUACCUGGUUGACGUAAACAAGGUACCAGUGUAUACCCAAUAUUUUGACAUCAGCUACAUUCCUUCCACUGUCUUUUUUUUCAAUGGACAGCACAUGAAAGUAGAUUAUGGGUCUCCAGACCAUACAAAGUUCGUUGGAAGUUUUAAAACCAAACAAGACUUUAUUGACCUAAUUGAGGUAAUUUACCGUGGGGCCAUGCGAGGGAAACUGAUCGUGCGAAGCCCAAUCGACCCAAGGAACGUUCCCAAAUAUGACCUCCUCUAUCAAGGAAUAUAGGUGCCAGGGGGCUAAACUUAAUCAGAUUGGACCAAAAUGACUGCUGAGUUUGAAAGUCAGCACUUCUCUGAGUGGGAAACAACAAGUGGAUAAACAUACAAAAAUGAAGCCUGUAGGCCUACUGACUGCCCACAGAACAGUUUAGUGGUCGUUUUCUAGCUGUUUGCACUGACUGUGUAAAUGCAGUGUAAUGGCUGGUUUCAUCUUUUGACUAUUAAACUGCAGUGUCUCACAUCUACACCAUUUUACACUAAUUUUUUUGUAAUCCCUUGUUGUCUAUUAGUAAAUGUUCCUAAUCUGCAGGGAUACAAAUUACUAAAAUCUUAAAAAUGUUAUAGAUCAGGAGGCACAUCUGACUUAAUAAAGGGGAUUCUCUUUUUUCCCCACAAACUCUGUUUUUGUUACACUGAUAAGAUUGUGCAGAGCUGAUAUUUACAAAAUGGUAACAAAUACCCAGCAAAGUGAAGUGUUGAAUGCUUUGAUAUGCAGUUCCAAUACAUUUGUUUCUCUAGAGGAUCAGUAUGAAUAAAAUGUUUUGUGGGAUGGUACAAUAACCUGAGACUUGUUUAAAAAUAAUAAUAAUAACUGAACAUCAGUUUGUUGUAAUUGUGUUGAAUGUAAUGUGUGGUCUCGUAAUAUGGUUUGUAAGAAAAAUAAACAUUAAAAGCUUUGGUCAGAAGACAUUUUUUGUUUCAGACAUAGGAGAUUUAAUCUGGUUAAAAAUUGUAAUCAGAUCGUGAUAUAUGUAGAACAUUAUAUAUUUAAAAUGUAUUGCCGAUUAAAAUUUCAUAAAGUGUUGUAACUCAAAUUGCAGGUAAUUUGUAUGAUAGGCGUAUGAAAAAUGUUCAUCUGCAUGUCCGAAUUGACAACUUAACAGCUUUCACAAAUAUUUCAGUUGAAAUAUAAAGCAUGCCUAGAGUAACAGCAGCACACAAUGACCCCGAAAUAAAUUGUACGAUAAAGCUUACUUUAGUAGUGAAAUAUGCUGAAAUGUAGUUGGUUUGGGAGUUUCCAUAAUUCCAGUACUGUAGUUACACAUAAAAUUAUUAUUAUUUUUUUUUUUGGAACUUAAAACAAAUGCACUUUACAAAGUACUCAUUGUUGAAUGAAAAAUUAUUAAAUGUUUGCCAAAAGCCAGUAUCUGUCCCUGAAUUUCACAACAAAUGGGUUACUGUAAUUCACUGCGCUAAACUCAAACACACUGGUUUUCAUGCAGCUGUGAUCAACAAAUAGGUUUUUGUUCUGUCUUGUAAAUAAAUAAAGAU